AUGGAGAUACAUAACGUUUCCCUGGGCAUCAAGUUGGUAAGAAGUAGGUUAUCUCACUUAAAGGCACUUAUUAUUCUUGAUAAUGUUGAUAAACUUGAACAACUUGAGAAAUUGGCUUUACUACCUACGCACCUAGGUGCAGGGAGUAGAGUUGUGAUAAUCUCUAGAGAUAAUCAUAUCUUAAGAAAUCAUAAAGUGGAUGCAAUUUACAAUGUUCAACUCCUGAAUGAAGAUAAAGCUUUUCAAUUGCUUUGCAGAAAAGCUUUCAAAUGUGAUAACAUUGUGAAAGAUUAUAUAGAUUUGGCAUAUGAAGUACUGAAGUAUGCUGAUGGCCUUCUAUUAGCAGUUGAAGUAUUGGGCUCCUUUUUAUUUGAUAGAGAUGUUUGUGAGUGGAGAAGUGCGUUGACCCUUAAUAAGUCCGACCGACACCUUAGAAUCGGUCUUCCAAUGUAA